AUGGCCGUGCUAGCAGAGAACAGGCAGCCGGAAGGAGAGCUGCAGGGGAAAAGGAAACGAAAGCGUAGUAGAGGAAAGAAAACUCCGGCAAAUCAGAGUGAUAAAGCUCCAGAGGGGAAACAGAAUGCAGAGGAGAGUCGAGAUGAGGAAGAGAUGGAAGUUAUGAAAGACACGAAGAGAGGAAAGAAGAUGAAGUUAGUGGCGAGGAAGGAAUUCGAGGGUGAUGGGGGAAAGUUGGAGGAAAAGAGACAGGGAGAAGAUCAGGGUGGUGAAGCAGAGAGCAAGACAAAGGAGAAGAAAGUGAGGGGCGGCGGCGGAAUUAUGAGCACUGACUCGUUUGAUUCUCUGGAGUUAUCCGAGCCUACGAGGAAGGCGAUUCAGGAGAUGGGAUUCCAGUAUUUGACUCAGAUUCAGUCCAGGGCGAUUCCGCUUCUGCUAAUGGGCAAGGAUGUUUUAGGUGCAGCAAGGACAGGUUCAGGGAAAACCCUUGCCUUUCUGAUACCGGCUGUGGAGCUGCUGUACAAUACUCGCUUUGCUCCUCGUAAUGGUACCGGGGUGGUGGUGAUUUGUCCUACUAGAGAGCUUGCCAUUCAGACGCAUAAAGUGGCAGAAGACCUUCUCAAGUACCAUUCUCAGACUCUUGGGCUGGUUAUUGGUGGCGCGUCAAUGCAAGCAGAAGCUGAGCGAAUCGUUAAAGGGGUGAACUUGUUGGUUGCAACUCCUGGUCGGCUUCUGGAUCAUCUUAAAAAUACCAAAGGAUUUAUUUAUAAGAACUUGAAGUGCCUGACGAUUGAUGAGGCAGACAGGAUAUUGGAGGCCAACUUUGCGGAAGACAGGGAAAAAAUUAUCAAGCUUUUACCAAAGACAAGGCGGACUGCCUUAUUUUCAGCUACACAAACUAAAAAGGUGGAGGACCUUGCUCGGUUGUCGUUUCAGACGACUCCUGUUUAUAUUGAUGUUGAUGAUGGGAGACACAAGGUUACCAAUGAAGGUCUUCAGCAGGGCUACAUCGUAGUACCGAGCGACAAGAGGUUUCUUUUUCUUUACACUUUCUUGAAGAGGAGGAAGCGGUAUAAGAAAGUGAUGGUUUUCUUCUCGUCAUGCAAUUCUGUCAAGUUCCAUUCAGCACUUCUUAACCAAAUCGGUAUGACAUGCGUUGAUAUCCAUGGAAAACAAAAGCAAGAGAAGCGAACCACGACCUUCUUUAAAUUCUGUAAAGAUGAGGAAGGGAUCUUGCUAUGCACUAAUGUUGCUGCUCGUGGACUUGAUAUACCCGCUGUGGAUUUGAUUCUGCAGUAUGACCCUCCUGAUGACCCCAAGGAUUACAUACAUAGGGUUGGGCGAACAGCACGUGGAGAAGGUGCAAAAGGAAAUGCCUUAUUGUUUCUACUUCCAGAGGAGCUUAAAUUUCUGGAAUAUUUGAAGGAAGCAAAAGUCCCCGUGAAUGAGUACGAAUGUGUUAAAGAUAAUACGAAUGAGGAUAAGAUAGCAAAUAUUCAGACGCUCCUGGAGAAACUGAUGGAGUCCAAUUAUGAAUUGAGGAACUCGGGGAAAGAAGCUUACCGGUCUUACAUAUUGGCAUACAACUCACACUCCAUGAAAGAUAUCUUCAACGUCCACCGCCUCAAUCUACAUCAGGUAGCAGCUUCAUUUGGCUUCUCUGGGCCACCAAAGGUGAACCUGAACAUCGACAGCAGUGCCUCCAAGUUCAGAAAGACCAACAGCAACAGGAAGAAAGAGAUGACAGCGCGGCCGUUGUCCGAGACAUUCCGGUCCGUCAAGUCUCCGAAUCUCAAAUCGCCAAAGUUACCAUCUUCGACGGCGCUGCCGCAACCAACACCGCAAUCCAUUUCAGCGCAAGCGGAGUCCAGCUCGAAAUCAGGGUCUUGGUGUGUUUACCUCAUCGCUUCCACCAAUCCCCCAAUCAAAACCUACGUCGGCGUCACUACUAAUUUCUCCCGCCGGUUGAGACAGCACAAUGGGGAGCUCAAAGGUGGAGCGAGAGCAUCACGCGCAGGGAGGCCCUGGUUCUGUGCUUGCUUAAUACAAGGCUUCUGCAACCGGAGUGAAGCCUGCGAGUUUGAAUCAAAAUGGAAAGGAUUUUCAAGGAAAUUGCCUCGAAAGAGAGUGUCUGACGGUGUGAGCAAUGAGAAGGCUGAUGGCUUAAAGAAACUGAUGGAGCACAGGGAGUUGGCUCUCAGUAGAGUUAAGGACGCCUUUGAUUGCAGUCAGUUGGAUAUCAGCUGGCAACUGUAG